AUGGCGGUUCAUAGUCCUAAUAAUAGGAUAGUCGCCCAUGAAAAAGCGCAGAAAAACAACGGCGACGGCCAAAUAUACAACCAUAGCCAUGAUCCUAUGCCUUUCGAACCAGUCGCCAUUAUUGGUAUGGCGAUGCGCCUCCCCGGGCGUGUAAGGAAUGAAAAUGACUUCUGGAACCUUCUUUCCCGCAAGAAAAGCGGGCUUUGUGAAGCCCCUAAAGACCGGUUAAAUAUUCACGGGUUUUACGAUUCAUUUGGUCACGUUGGAACCACUCCAAUCAACCGGGGAUACUUCCUGGAAGACGUGGAUAUCCAGCAGUUCGACACGACCGUUUUCCCAAUACCCAGGGCGCAGCUGGAGCGUCUGGAUCCUUCCCAACGGCAACUCCUCCAAGUAGCAUAUGAAUGUUUCGAAAACGCUGGCAUAUCUUCGUGGCGUGGUAGCAGUGUUGGAUGCUAUGUGGGCGAAUUUGGAGAGGACUGGGCUGAUGUGAAUGCCAAAGAGCCGCAGCACAAGGGUGGUUACCGCGCUACCGGGUUCGGGGAUUUUGCCAUGAGCAACAGAGUCUCGUAUGAGUUUGACCUACGCGGCCCCAGCAUGACGGUGAAGACGGCUUGUUCGUCAUCGCUCGUUUGCCUUGAUCUCGCAUGUCUCGCAAUCCGGAAUGGCGAGUGCGAUAGUGCGCUGGUGGGAGGCACUAGCUUGAUGUUCUCGCCAACUACAUGGAUAGCCCUCAAUGACAUGGGACUACUCUCGCCGAUGGGUCAGUGCCGGACGUUUGAUGCUGAAGCAGACAGUUAUGCUCGCGGCGAGGCUGUCAACAUGAUACUGGUUAAGAAACUCACCUACGCCUUGCGAGACAAAGACCCUAUCCGGGCAGUUAUUCGCGGGAUUGGAGUGAACAGCGAUGGCCGGACGCCUGGUAUGCUUACCCCGAGUCCUCUUGCACAAGCGGCCUUGAUACGUCGCAUAUACGCUGCCGCUGGCAUUAAAGACUUGUCAGAAACGGCCAUAGUUGAGUGCCAUGGCACAGGUACCCCUGUUGGCGAUCCGUUGGAGGCCCAAGCUGUGGCGGAUUGCUUCGGCGAUGACGGUAUCGUUAUUACGUCAGUCAAACCCAAUGUCGGUCAUUCAGAAGGCGCUGCAGGAUUGACGAGUUUGAUCAAGAAUGUUCUGGUUCUGGAGCAUGGCACGAUACUGCCGAACAUCAACUUUGAAACGCCAAACCCAAAGAUCCCUUUUGAGGAGCGCAAACUCCAUGUUCCUACGGAGCUGGAGUCAUGGCCUAAACGACGUGCGGAAAGAGUGAGUGUAAACUCAUUCGGUACAGGGGGUGUUAAUGCACAUGUCAUCAUCGAAUCGCCGAAGCAAUUUGGCAUCACAUCGCAAGCAUGUAUUCAGCAUAUGAGCAAAGGAACUGAAAGUGUAAAAAACUUCCAUGGUGCUAUUAAGAGCGGCACUGUUCCCUCCGUGGUACCUAUUCCAAAUAAUAGUUUUACUACCAACGGUACUGAUGGCAAUGAUUCGCCUACGAACAGCGCUCUUCCUAAUGGUCCCAUCACCAACCGUGCUCCUACAGCUGAGUCUCUUACUAACAGCGCUGUUACUAAGGGUGCUACAGCAAGGCGGGGACACCGUCCUCACCGAGCCUUCGCUGUGGCUGGCAGUGAUGGCCCAAGUCUUAACAUCUCUACGAAGCAAACCAUCAAAUAUCAGUCUGGCUGCACCAAGCAUGAGUUGCGCAAGGUGGCAGAUGACAGCCAAGUCCACUGUGCCGAGCUUGGCCACCCCGUCUGCGUGGCUCUACAGAUAGCCUUGGUCGACGUGCUUCGCUCGUGGGGAGUAAUGCCAGACGUCGCCUUGGGGCAUUCAUCUGGUGAGAUAGCUGCCGCGUACGCCAGCGGCGCCAUCUCGGCAGAGGCUGCCAUGGCUACUGCAACAUUCCGCGGUUCCAGCAAUGUAUCGACGGACCAGAAAGGUUCCGUGGCUGCCACAGGACUCGGCCAGCGCGAUGUAUCGUCGUAUCUAGUGCCUGGAGUGGCCAUGGCAUGUCAUAAAAGCCAAUCGAGCACCACUAUAUCCGGUGAUACAGACGCCGUCAACGAGGUCGUCCAGAGACUCAAGGCUGAGCAACCCGGAGUGUUGGCCCGGUUGCUACGGGUGGACAAUACAUAUCACUCUCAUCACAUGCUUCAGUACGGACAGUCUUAUGAAGAGCAAAUUAUGCCAUAUGUCUGCAGUCGUGAUCCCUUGGUGGCACAACAUUCGUCUGUCACAUGGGCACUCACCUCAGGGUCAAGAGUCUCCCGCGAGUGGAGGUUUCGAAAACAUCCUCCGCAUGAGCUUCUCGGGAAUAGGAUCGUCGAGACGGCAGCCAACGAACCUGUUUGGAGGAAUUCCCUCGCCCUUGAAGAUGUACCCUGGUUGGCCGGACACGAGGUCAAUGGACAGAUUGUGCUUCCUGCCGCCGGGUACAUCGCCAUGGUCGGAGAGGCUCUUCUGCAACUUCACGAGGUAGUACAUGAGAGCCAUGAAACCACUUUCAGCAUCAAAAACUUACACAUCGCCUCGGCGAGGAUACUCAAGAUGAACAGUACCGUAGAGCUCAUCACCAGUCUGAAGCCUAUCAUGAUUGACGCGUCUGAGACCACCACAUGGUAUCAGUUUGCAAUCAGUUCCUUUGAUGGAACGAGGUGA